AUGAAUUUGUCGAGUCUACCCUCUGAGAUUAUAGACGAGAUUCUGCUCUUCGCCGCUUACAAGCACCCCGAAUGUGCCCGUGCACUAGCUAUCACGUCAUCUUGGACCAAAAGGCUUGUCGAACGUGCUCUUUAUUCCACAGUCACCCUGGUUGACAAAUCCCAACGGAGCGGAUUCUUCAGUGCAUUGGGCAUCGCAACAUUGCCGUUUCCGAAGGAUAGAUUGAUUAUCGACCUGUUUCGUCUCAGCUUCAACGACAUUCCCGCGCUCAGACCAUCACAAGAGACGCGGAAUCGAGCAGGUCUAAUUACGAACCUAUGGCUUAUCCCACUAGCCAGGCAGGAUAGUUACCCGGCUCUGAGUCUCGAGGACCAUAUUUAUACGCGCCUAUUGUUGCACUUAUGCGCCAAUGUUCGCAACCUUGCAAUGACUGGAACAACUUUCUCCCAUUUUCUCUCGAAUAAAGCCGAACACUUCGACUCAAUGAUGGCGAGGGAUCCGGCUACUCAGCCUGCUGGGCUAACUCCUUACCCGGAUUUAACGGAUUUAACUCUUCUGGAUUCGACGCCAUCACUAAUCAUGGAAGGACAAUAUACACGAUCUGAGGAUUGCGUUAAAAUCUUUAAAUACCUUUCACACUUCACGACAUAUGGAUAUUUUCAUAGAAAUGGGCUCCCAGUGUCCAUCCAGCACUUUCCGGCACUAACUCAUGUCGCGGUUCCUCUUGUCCUUGAUAACUCCGUAAUCCACAACGAUUCCGAGAGGGCAUAUACUUCGCUUGAAUUAUUCGAGAAGUCUGGUGGAUGGAGAUUAUUGAAUUCGGCUGAGCAGAUUGAAAUGAUGGUAUUCCUCUUUCCUUCCGACGGCCGACUCAACAUCGAAAGUCAUUUAUCUACCCAUCGCUUAUAUCACGAUCCAACGAGCCUCGUUCUGGAUGCAAACCGUUUCAAUCGUAAAGCUUACGCCCUGCCAAUCGAUGGACUUCGUGGGCUAGAGAAUCUAUGGUUGGCUGCAGCAAGGGGAGGCCAGAAUCUCUGGGACUCGGCAAAGAUUGAACUGCAUAAACGUCAAAGCGAGAUUGAAAAUGGUAAUGAUGAUAAAAUGGGACCUUUCAUUGUAGACUAG